AUGUUUCCUAACCUCGACGCCUUACCCUCAAGCAGUGGUCUGAUUGCUCAGCCUCUUCAGCCAAUGCCCUACGGAAGUGACGAUCGACCAGGCGGAACACCUGUAGCGACUGAAUGGACGGCCCCAUUGACUGCGUUGACUGCGUUGACUGCGGCAAUUUCAGAUAGUUCCGUGACAAUUCACGACCACCCGUCACCUUCGUUCCACAGAAGAUCUGCAUCUCCACCAGCGUGUUAUGAUUUUGUCAUGGAAGAUCCAACUAAUCCCCAUGGUUAUCGGGAAAAGCGAUUUCGCUCCCGAAUGGAACUCGAUAAACAAAAGGAAGAGAUACGGCAUUUGAAAGAGUACGGCGGUGCAUGUCUCUCAUGCUACCGGAGCAAGAAGAAGUGUGGGCCAUCGACCCCCUGUCCACCCUGCCUUACAAAUGGUCGCGAGUGUGUUCGCAGAGACCAGGCUACCUUCCAGACCACUUCUUUCAAACAUGUUUCAAGCUCCCCGUCGGCGAAUCCGCAUCUAGAUGAAUACCUUGAAAUAUUGCAGCCCGGCCCGUGGGAGCUCCUGAGCUCCAUUGAUGGAAUUUACGACGGGAUCUGCCUUGGCACUGGUUUCAAUCAGGACCAGGGUAGACUAUGA